CAGAGCUAGCUUGUUGUUCUGGUGUAUGAGGAGAAUAUUUGAGGCUCUGCAGUAAAAAUGUCUUCACUUCAGUCUCUGGGAGAGUUGAUCAGCUAAAGCGACUAACUGCUGCUGCUGCAGAAAUCUUCUCACCAGGCUGUGGAAACUUUCUUCUCCUCCUCAACAACUUGGUGGAGUUCUUUCCAGAACCAGAGAAGAUAUUCUGCGGUCUUCGUGACAAUCGGAGCUCCAGAAUCAGGUUGUGGAUUGAAGAGGUUCCCUCUAUCAGACUCGCUCAUCUGAGUUGGUCAUGAUGCAGGAUCGCUGCUCGCUCUCUGAUCCAUCCUGCUCACACUCUCCGACGGAAAAGCCCCGAAUCUGAAUGUGACUCUGGAGGAAAAAGCGGUUAGCUCUACUCCGUGAACUCUGCUGUUAGCUAAACACGGCUAAAGAAAACCUGCUACCACUUCAGGAUCUGGGACUGAUUCAUCGUGUGUUCUUCACCACCUGGACCUGGACAGCAUGGACACAGAUAUUCAUCAGGUGGUUCUGGUUAAAGAAGAAGCUCUUGAAGAGCAGAGUGUUGGUGUGGACCAUCAGAACCCACAAAGUCUUCACUUAAAGGAGGAACAGGAGGAACUCUGGACGAGUCUAGAGGGGGAGCAGCUUCAUUUGAAGGAGGAGACUGAUGGUGCCAGGUUUCCAUUCAAUGCAGUUUCUAUAAAGAGUGGGAAUGAUGAGGAGAAACCUCUGGUCUCACAGCUUCAUCAGCAGCAAAUAGAAAACAUAGAUGGGCCAACCAGUAGCUCAGCUGACCAGACGACACUAGAAACUGGUGAAGGAGAAGAAACUAGCAGGAACCCAGUUCUGAACCCUCAUGAACAGACAUCUGAUUCUUCAGAUGCUGAAUUUAUUGUAGAUUAUGAAAAGGAGGAGGAGGAUGUGAAUCCAGAUUCUGGGUCUGAAACUAGACUUGAAGACGUUGACUGGAAUGAGCCAGGUGUUAGUUCUGUCAACAAGUUCUUCAGAUGCCCUGAGUGUGGUAAACAAUUUCUCCACAAGUCGUCUCUCCAGAAACAUGUGAGAGUGAAAGGUCAUUCAGCAACAAGGUCUUCAGGCUGUUUGGUUAAUAAGAAAAGUGUUAGAGUGAAGCAGCAUGUAGACUCAUGCACAAAGGUCCAAAAAGAACUAAAAUCAUUUAGUUGUGAUCACUGUGCAAAAGUAUUUAAUUAUAAAACAAAUCUAAACCGACAUGUGAGGGUCCACACAGGACAGAAACCUUUUACCUGUGAACUUUGUGGACGACAUUUUAGCCAAAAACCACAUUUAAACACACACAUGAGAGUCCACACAGGACAGAAAUGUUUUACAUGUGAACUCUGUGGACAAAGAUUUAAUGAAAAGGCACAUUUAAACUCGCACAUGAGAGUCCACACAGGACAGAAACCUUUUAUCUGUGAGCUCUGUGGACAAAGAUUUAGUCAAAAGUCACAUUUAAACGUUCACAUGAGAGUCCACACAGGACAGAAACCUUUUGCCUGUGAGCUCUGUGGACAAAGAUUUACUCAUAAGCAAAAUUUCAACAGACACAUGAGCGUCCACUCAGGACAGAAACCUUUUGCCUGUGAACUGUGUGCACAACAAUUUACUCGAAAGGCAACUUUAAACUGUCACAUGAGCAUCCACACAGGACAGAACCCAUUUGCGUGUGAAUUCUGUGGUCAAAGGUUUAAUCAAAAGGCAAAUUUAAAUGUUCACACGAAAGUCCACACAGGACAUAAACCUUUUGUCUGUGAGCUCUGUGGGCAAAGAUUUACUCAUAAGCAAAAUUUAAGCAGACACAUGAGCGUCCACACAGGACAGAAACCUUUUGUCUGUGAGCUCUGUGGACAAAGAUUUACUCUUAAGCAAAAUUUAAAAAGACACAUGAGCCUCCACACAGAACAGAAGUUUCAUUGUUUGGUUCUUUUCUGAACACAGAGUAAUACAUUUUUUGUUUUUACCUUUUUUCUGCUGACAAGUUACAGCUAACACUGGCACUGCCAAUGUUGGCGUCACUUCUGUCUCAUAGUUUUUUUUUUUUUUUUACUUGUUAGCUCUUUGAACAAAGAUAUAACCAUAAAACAAGUUUAAACAGGUAUUUGAAAGUCCACAAAGGAAAGACACAUUUUGCCAGGAAACUCUUGACUAAGAUAAAAACAAAGACAUAUCCAACCAGACAAAUGAGAGUCCACAGACGACACUAAUGCUACUUACACACAAGCAUCGGCUCCGCCCCAGCCCGGCCGCCUUCUUUCCACACUGCCUUAGUAAUGUGGACGUGAUUGAGCACAUGGGCAGUCUGUGAUGUUGUGAGCGCAUCUCCGAGCAAGUGGGUGGGGCAAAAGAGCGCAGAGAAGUAGGCAGUGUUUCCAUUAAUAAAUAAAAGCAGCCUGAGCAGUCAUGCUUUUGGAGACUCUCUGACUCUGAUACUGCAUCUUGCUUUGCUGUCUGGCCGCAGUGUGUGUGUGUGUGUGUGUGUGUGUGUGUGUGUGUGUGUGUGUGUGUGUGUGUGUGUGUGUGUGUGUGUGUGUGUGUGUGUGUGUGUGUGUGUGUGUGUGUGUGUGUGCCUCCUCACAGCAGUGAGGGACAGAGAAAAACUGCUUCAGUCAGAGUCUUGUUAACUCCACAGCAUCCAGAAUGAUAGUCAGUGCGUUUACAUACAGCCAGUAACCCUUUUAAAACCCGAAUAUUCACAAUAACCCGGUUCCGCAGGUCCGUGUAAACACCGCCAGAAACCCGGAUAUGCUCAUAACCGGGUUUUUAAAAACCCGGUUACUACACCUGGGGUAACCCUUUUCUAACCCGAAUGUUUGGUCGUGUAAACGCAUACCGGGAUAUCCCCAUCAAAACGUGUGUUCUGCACAUGCUCUGUUCGCAAGGAAUCUUGGUCUCUUGAGUAGCGAGACGUCUUGUAUGCGCCAGAACUCCGGAAGUAAACAACAAGUUGGUAGCAACAUGGUGAGUCGUGGCACAGCACCACACUUUGAGUGACGAGGAAACUAAAGCGUAAACAAACGCGGUCGCUAUCUCUUCCGAACUGGGAAAAAUGUUGUUGUUUUCACGGAUACCGGAACGAGAAGAACCGGAAAUGACGCAUAUUCCGUCUGGACGUAGUCCACACGUCCUGACGCUACCCCAACGUCCGCAUUUAAAUCGGGUUAUGCAAGUUAGAGGUAAACGUAAACGUAGUCAAUGAAUUGCCCCUGCAGGCUGAUUCUAUCCGCCAAUCAGAGGCUCCCCCUAAUGACAGGCAUGCUUUUGAGUCAGCCAAUCAGUCAGCAGUGGGUGUGUCGACCCUGUUCGGUUCCAGGCAGACCUCCUUGAGAAGAGGGCUGAAAAGAGGUCCGGUUGCGCACGGGAAAAUUCAAUGCUACCUAAAUAAGAACACUCCCAACCCGGUCCAGGUGGAGUGGAGCUGAUGCUAGUGUGUAAGGGCCAAAAGAACUCGUUCAACUACAGGUUUACCCAAAAGGGACUCUUGUACUGUAUACAUCCUAGAUGUGAAUCUGGUACCGCUUGUAGUUGUACUUUACUGUAGAUCAGAGUUGAAUCCGGCCCACUUCUUUCUACCCUGCAAGUUACGCUUUGUGGACCCCAGGCUGUAAAUGUUUAAAUCCCUGUUUCCAUUGACAGGCAGUGCACAAUUGUUUGUGUCACUAAUCAUUCCCAGCCUUUUCCACCGGCUUCGUAAGCACUGCAAAACAUAGUAUGUUGCAACAAUCACUUAGCAGAAGCUAGGUGGUGCGCACUGCGCAACUGCAGCGAGACACUAUAGGGACAAUAUUAACUGACGUAAAUGCUUCCUGUACUUGCCAAAAUAAACUUCUCUGUCACACGGCCUCUGGUUUGUGCAGCAGCGUAUUUUUCUGAGCAUUCUUACGGAUCUGCACACCAGAAGCUUUGUGAGGUAAUUUAGGAUAAUCCAUAUUAUUGUAACAUUCGAACCACUGUUAGGGGGAAAAUGUAAUUCUAUCUGGAGUUUUUCUGCACAGAGAAGUCCAGUAAUAAGCUCACAUCCCCCUGCAUCUCUAGCAUUCACUUUGCUCUGAAAGGAACAGUAACAUUAGGCGACAACAGCUCUCACAGUAGCUCCUUAUGGCUCAUUACAAUAUUUAAAAUUAUGUUCAGAUAUUUAUGGUCUUUCACAAUAAUUCCUAAUAAUUGUAUGUAUAUAUAUAUUUUUUUUUUUGUCUUUGUUUUUGCUACAAUACUCUGUUGAAAUAAGGGCAAUGAAAUGAGAUUUAGACAGUCACUCUGCUCAUAAAAAUAAACCAACAGAAUCAGAGAAUUAUUAAAGAGCAAGUCACCCCCAAAUCAACUUUUUUUUGCUGAUAAACUAAAUAAACGAGUGUCUAAUUGUGCUGUAGACACGCUUAGUCAAUAAUUUGGCACUUCAGUGCAUCUUAGUUAAAAUUUAAAUAUUCUGCCUAAAACGGUCAGUGUUGUGCCAUCGUCAGGUAAAAACUCUGCACUGCAUUUGAAUUUAAAUCUGCCACCGCUAUUGGCUAAGAGGUAUGCUAUGAUGUAAACUGGUUCAUUAUGAUGUCACAAUGUCGUUGUGAGCCUGUGUGUGUGUGUGUGUGGCUCCGCCCUCUCGGUCUGCCAGGCAACAGCAUUUGUUGCAUUUGUCAAACGUGAAGUGGGAGUGAUUUAAGUUUCUUGUAGGGGGUGACUUGCUCUUUAAGCAUCACCGGUGAAGUGCAUUUGUUUUCAUGUUGAAUUUAUUGAUUAAUCCAAAAAAAUAGAGGAUCAAGUACAUCCUUCACACAGAGGGAAAAACAUGACGUUUAAAACCCAGAUGUGGGCUUGUAAAUUCUUAAUGUGUUGAAUUGUUUCAAAUUACAUCAUGAAUUGUAUCAAACCAAAAAUGGUUAUCAAAUCAUUCAUAAAUCAUGAAUCGGUACGCAUCAUAUCGCUGGCAGCGUAUCGAGAUACGAGUCGAAUCGGCCUCAGAGGAGGAGAUUCACGUCCCUAGUACUGAGAGGCCCGCUGUGUAAAUCAUCCAGAAACUUUAAAACUAAAGUAGCGUUCAGAUUUGCAGUUAAUUAGUAAAUAAGGUAUGUCAUACCUGUGAAAUGUCCCUGACUGAAGUUAAUGGGAGCACAAAAAAGAAACUGACCUUUUUGGGUACAUGCUGCUGCCUUCUUUCUCCCUGCUUGAUAAUUCGUGAACUGCUGAAAUCAAGAGUGGCCGUGCAAUUGUAUGGUGGUGUUGUAAAGCCAUGGGUGGGGUGGCAAUGAUUGUAAAUUUGUGUGGUAUGGUUAUGGUCUGAGAAAUAAUCACAGUUCAAAAAUGACUGCAGUUUUCUUAUGGGAAUUAAUUUCACAAUUGUACGUGUGUGUGUGUGUGUGUGUGUGUGUGUGUGUGUGUGUGUGUGUGUGUGUGUGUGUGUGUUAAUCACACAAAUAUAUUCUAUAAAGGGUCUUAGCUCCAGCAGAUAUUUAUCACUGCUUUUCAGAGACUCUGCUUAGAAAAAUGAAUUUGUAAAGUCAAAGUAAUGUCUGUAAUAUUUAAAUUACAGUAAAAAUAAUUUAAAAUGCAUGUAUACUCUAAUGUUAAAUGUAGAAGUGUUUGUCUUUUAUCUGUGAUUCGUACUUGUUGCAUAAAUAUAGCCACGGAUCUCUUCAGUUGCUUCCACAUUGGUACCCAUAGGGUUACCUGAUGUCCUGCAAUGUGUUGCAUCUCUUUUCACACGUCCCACAAAUAUAGACGUGUCCCAUUUUUAACAGACUCCAUUUGUGUUUAACACUAGAACUACCAAGGCGGGCAUUUAGAUGGUUUUUGUAACUAACCCUAAAAUGACAUCUUCUUUUGCUUGUAUUUUAAUUUGGCACAACUUGCCUUUAUUUAUAAUCUGUUUUAAUCAACUUCCUGUUUGAAUGAAAUGCUUUUAUUUUGAAGGGUCUAUUUCCUGUUCUAACAGUUAAUGUAAGCUAGCUUAACAUUGAUUAAACGGCCAAAGCAGCUUUGACGGAGAGAUCUAAUAUGGAUUUUGCUAUUAGCAGCCCCCUUGAUAGAGGCACAAGGUAAAUUUAUUAUCUUAAUGUACUUAUGUUUUAAAUAUUUUUAUUAUAAAAUGCUUAGAUCCAAAUGCAUUGAUUUGUCUUAUAAAGCUAAGGAAAUUGUAAUUUAUGGUGUAUGUUGUAAACUGGUAUUAGUUGUAUUGAUGUAAGAGUGUGGAUCUAUUUACAUGGUUUCUUUUGUACACAUCUCCAGCUCUUACGGUGAAAUUGAGGGUCAUCGUCAUUAAAUCCAAAACUUCAUCAGUAAA